UUCACGAAACAGCUUGUCGAAAAGAGAGAGAUUCCAUUUAGUCCCUUCCAUUAUUGUCGCGUGUGUGUAUGUACUUUAUUGCAUUCCUUCCUAUAUUUUUUUAAAUAAAAAGGAUAUAUUUUAUAAAAAUCAGAAUUUUUCACGGAUAAUAACGAAAAAUGGAUUAAAUUGAGUAAUGUUUGUGGAAUUAUGUAAGAUGUAAUGUGAAGCAGUGCUUGUGAAAAAGUGAAAAAGGACACUAGAAACACAUUUUUUUCAUCCUUAACUUGUGGGAGUUGUGCACUUUUUUUAAAGGAAAAAUUAAGAAAAUUUUCUACUAAGUUUAAGUGAUAAGUCAGUGAUUUAUAGCCUUCUUUUUCGUAUUAAGUAAAGAGUAAAAAACGGCAAAAGUGAGCAUAAAAAUGAAGGAAAAGGCAGAACCACCACCUCCUCCCAGGAGAAAUUUGACUUCCAUUUCAAACUCGACAUCGUCGGAGAAAACUGCCAUUACAACAACAACAACGCCGCCCGAGGCACCACAAUCGAAUGGGGUUGUUGUAGAUGUCAGCAUUAAUAAUAAUAAUAAUUCUUCAUCGACUGAUAAAAGUCCUGACGCAAAGGGAGAUAAGGAUAUGGCAACAACAACAAAAUCACCAGAUGAAACAAAAGUUUUGAAAGAUAAAGAACAGUCAAUCAAUUCUAUUGAGCCGAAGGAAAGAGUUUCAGGCAAUCAAAGUCACAGUCCAUUAAAAGAUAAUGAAAAUGCAAUAGCGCGCAAUAAAAAUGAUAAUGAAAAAUCUGAUGAUGCAACAGGAACGACAUCAACUGGAGUAGAUCAAGUGGAUAUAAUUGAUGGGAAAUCGCCGACGACAAAUGCAGCUGUUGAGAGUGAAAGCAGUAAAAUUGAGAGAUUAGAAAAUGAGUUGAGGAUUGCAAAGGAGCUCAUACAGAGUCUCAAGGCUGAAAGGAAGAAGCUUCGUUCAGAUAAGAAUGAUUUAUUGCAACAAGUUAAGCAUCUGUGUAGCUCAUUACAGGAGAAGGAACAAGAACUGAGAAAUUUCAUACGAAAAUUUGAUCAACGUCUUCGUGAUUCUGAGUCAACGACAGCAAAGUCAUCUACAGACAAUGAGCAUGAUCGAUGGACAUUAAUGAAGCAUGCACAUGAAGAGGCGGAACGUUCUCUCGCCCUUGCUGCUCAAUUGAAUAUCAAAGAUAUUCAACUUCAACGGAUGGAACAACAAUUGCUUGAAGCACGUCGUCAAUUGUCAGGUUGCAUAUCAGAACAAGAUCAAAAUAUCUCAAUAAUCUCACCCUCUGGUGCUAUGGGUAUGAUGAAUCAUGGAUGCGACGAGAAUGAAGGAAUCGCCCCAGGUAAUUAUCAUCAUGAACGUGGCUCAUAUAGUGCUGACUCUGGGGUACGUACUAGUGAUCGAGAGAGUGCAGCAGGAGAUUUAAAUCUCAGCGAUGGUGCAUGCGAUAAUGAUAUAUUGGCUAUUGAUUCCGACAGUAUUUCAUUAAUAUCCAGUCAUCACAAUAUGAAUCAAUAUGGAAAAGAAUACAUUAGUCCAAGUGUGUCGCCAAUGAAUACUUUGGCUAUGGAACGGAAUGAUCAACAAAUGAUGUAUUUUAAUCGACAAGCUCAACAACAAUUAGAUAUUCCAAUGGAUUUAGAGACAUCAACUGCAAUGUCACGACGAUUUAAGAACAAACCAUUCAAUUCGCUAGUUGGACGCAGCAGUAGAGGAGGUGCUUGGGGAAGUAUAUCACGUGUCUUUGCUAGAACAAAGAAUCGUAAUAAGGCAGCUUCAAUUCAAUCGUGCGAUGAAUUCCAAUGGAAUCCAAUUAGUGAAGAAAGUUAUGCAGAAAAGAUUAAGUUGUUGCGUGAGGCGUCAAAUAUGCCAAUAGAAUUAUGGCGCUCCCCACAAAUAGCUGCGUGGCUAGAGAUUGGAUUAGGCAUGCCAAAGGACUGUAUUAGGUUUUGUUCCGAGAAUGUAAAGAGUGGAAAGGUACUGUUGGAAUUAACGGAUGCAGAAUUGGAAAGUGGACUUGGUGCGACACAUCCAAUGCAUCGAAAGAAAUUGAGACUUGCUAUUGAGGAGCAACGACGACCGGACAUGAUUCGAUAUCCUUUAAUUGGACAAUUGGGUCACUCGUGGGUCGCGCUGGAAUGGCUUCACGAGCUGGGCUUAUCACAAUACUCAGAAUCGUUUAUGCAUUCCCUAGUCGAUGCUCGUAUGCUCGACACAUUAUCAAAGAAAGAGCUUGAAAAAUAUUUGGGUGUUACUCGAAAGUUCCAUCAAGCCAGCAUCGUGCAUGGCAUUCAUUUAUUACGACUGAUGAAAUAUGACCGUCAAUCAUUAGCUAUGAGACGAUUACAAUCCGAGAGUGAAAAUAUUGAUCCAAUGUUGUGGACGAAUCAACGAUUUAUCAGAUGGGUGCGUUCGAUCGAUUUAGGAGAGUUUGCAGAUAAUUUGAGAAAUAGCGGCGUUCACGGAGGACUGGUUGUGUUAGAGUCAUCAUUUACUGGUGAAACAAUGGCUUCAGCUCUAGGCAUAUCACCAUCAAAAAAUAUUGUUAGAAGACAUUUAAUUACCGAAUUCGAUUCACUCAUCCUUCCUUCAAGAAAAAACCUUUCGCAAGGCAUUCGCGGUGGGGGUGGAGUAAUUUCUUCUUAUGAUCGACAUGGAAAUAAUACAUUAUCGAAGGGAUAUUAUGUAAAUCCAAAUGGGAAAGCAUUUAAAGCCGGCUCACUUCAAUCACCCACUCAUUCGUACUCGAGUAGUGAAGGAGGCAAUUAUGCAAUAAUGGACAAUAGGAUUAAAAUGGAAGCUCCAAAUGAUAUUAGCAAUCGUUACUCAGCACCAUUAAAUUACGAUGAAUCAUCUUCGAAUCGCAACAGUGUGACUGGCAGCGUUAAUAAUCGGAGAUCAGCCCCUGAAUUUCUAACCGAUCACAACUCAUAAGUUUACAUGCAGUUACAAUUAUAUCAAAGACAAAAAAACAAAAAUAAUAAUCAUACAAAACAAUAUUCAUCCCCUCAUUUCAAUUGAAAAACAAUUUCGUACAUAACAAUAUCAUCAUUAAAUGAAUUAUGGAACCAAAGAAAAUCUAUGUCUCUAUUUGAAAAGUGUGAAAGAAAUAUUAAUUAAAUUUUGAAGAAUAAUUUAUCGAAAAAUAGUCC